ACCCUCUCUGUUAUGUUGAUCGUCUCGAUGACUAAUCCCGAGAGUGGUGACAAUACUCGGAUUGCUCGACUACAGUCCUUUUUAGGUGUGCUAGUCACUAUUUUCCUCAUGUGGCUUACUUCGACUAAUCGCAGGGCUGUCCCAUGGCACACUGUUGCUUCUGGCAUGUUUAUGCAGUACAUUAUUGCCCUGUUUGUGCUUCGCUCUUCUUUUGGUUUCAACAUUUUCAAGUACAUUUCCGUCAAGAUUGCUGCUUUUCUCGACUACUCUCACUUUGGUCUUGAAUUUCUCAUUUCCAACUCUUACGAUCACACCCUGUUUGCCCCAUCUGUGUUUCCUGCCAUCAUCUUCUUUUGCUCUUUUGUCUCCAUUGUUUAUUACUUUGGAGGUAUGCAGUACAUUAUUGCCAAGAUGGCCUGGUUCAUGAUGUUCGCAAUGGACGUGUCUGGUGCAGAGGCUGUUGUCGCUGCUGCUUCUCCCUUUAUCGGUCAAGGCGAAAACGCUCUUCUCGUUCGUCCUUUUGUCGAACACAUGACAAAAUCCGAGUUGCAUGCCAUCAUGACUGCUGGUUUCUCUACCAUUGCUGGAUCUGUGCUUUUGUUUUACAUUUCCAUCACUGGAAACGGUGCUGCUAUUCUCACUUCGUGUAUCAUGUCUAUUCCUGCCUCAUUGCUGCUUUCCAAAAUGCGUUACCCCGAAUCUGAUGUGCCUAUGACCAAGGGCUCUGUUCGUAUUGUGGAGCACGGUGAAAAGGAGGCCAAUUUCCUUCACGCUGCCGGUAAUGGUGCAGCCACUGGUAUCCAACUUGUUUUGCUUAUCGGUGCUACUCUUAUUGCGAUUGUUGCUCUUUUCACUGUUGCAAACGACAUUUAUGGCAAUCUGUUUUCCAUUGUCGGUCUCUACAAUACUAUUCACCCAGCUCGUCCUGAUGGCACCUAUGAUCAAGUCACCAUUCAGUUCACUCUCUCCUACCUCUUCUUCCCCAUUGCCUGGCUUGUUGGUAUUCCAAUUUCUCAGGCCCGUGAUGCUGGUGAAGUUAUGGCUACUAAAAUGGUGGUGAACGAAUUUGUUGCUUACCUCAGUCUUGGUAAAACACCAUCUAUUCCUCAGAAUUCGCGCGCCUUUAAUCUCAUGGUCUUUGCUCUCUGCGGAUUCGCCAACAUCUCUUCCAUUGGUAUUCAGCUUGGAUGCCUCGGUGCCAUUGCUCCUACCCGGAAAGCAGAUUUAGCCACAUUGGUUGUUUCUGCCAUGUUGGUUGGUACUGUUGCUACUUUCCUAACUGCAGCAGUCGCGGGUACUCUA